AUGUCGGGGGACAUAAGCUGGGAACGUAAUGUGUAUCGGCAUCCGUCUCGACAGGGUUUCGACCCGGCUGAGAAGUACCGUAUGCAACACGACAUAUACAGCCUCGGAGUCUGUCUCUUGGAGAUUGGGCUCUGGGAAUCUUUUGUUGAGUACAGCACAGGAGUGGAGAAUUCCGGAAGGCCACGCACCAAAUUUGGAAGGACUUACUAUCAAUUUGAAAAAUGGCUUGACGAGAGAAAAACCGCAGCGGGCGAAGAUUCCACUACCAUCACCUUCAAUGCGCUGGCAUUGAGUCUCAAGGACUAUCUUGUUGAGCGGGCAAGCACCAGGCUUGCGCCGCGGAUGGGUGAUAAGUAUGCGCAUGUCGUCCUUCAGUGCCUAACAUGCCUGGAUGAGGAGAACGAGGAGUUUGGCGGAUCGGGCUCGGAGACAGAGGACGUGGGCGAAGACACGGUUGCCCUUUGA